AUGACAGUAACCCCGGAUAACGUCUGGAUUGCUAUGGCAGACGGUGGGGUAGAGGUUCGUGAUAGUCGCACCGCCAAGCUCGUUCACUGUUUUGCGAGUGUACCACGGCCAACGUGUGUGACACGUAUUUGGACAUUGCUUGCGGUAGGAACACAGGGCAAGGAUCCUCAGGUUUGGAUGGGCCUUUCGAACGGCAGUGUUGAGGUGUACAACGCUCAGUCCUUUGCCAUGGUGCGGCAGCUGAAUAAACAUGCUGGUGGAGUAUAUUGCCUUGCCGAGUUUGGUGGCUACGUGUACUCUGGGGGCAGUGACUUUAAAAUUGCGCAGUGGGAUGUGAGAGACGGGCGACAUGUUCGAAUGUUACACGGGCAUACCAACUACGUUCGUUGUCUGUACGCGGAGGGGAGUGCCGUCGUGAGCGGUUCUGAUGACUGCACCGUACGUGUAUGGGAUGCGGGAUGUGGUGAGACGCAGCUCACCGGUCACUUUCAUGGUCGUGCGGGUGUCUCGGCUCUAUGUCGCGUCGGUGUCACAAUGUGGUCGGGUGACAACGAGGGGCGAGUCAUCGCCUGGAAGCUGAGCACAUGUGAGGCA